AUGGUCAAACUUGAAGAGGUUGCAGACGAUCAUGAAUCUACUGACGAUGAAUCGUCAGAUAAUGAAACAGCUAGUUCAGUAUCUUCAGGUUCAUCAAGUGAUUACGAAGAAUCAGUUUUUGAACGAGUAUUAGCUUUACGUGAUAUUAUACCUGAAGAUACUAGGGAAUCAAUAUCAAAUAAUGUUUCAACGUUAAUGAGCUUUGGAGCAAAAACGGCACGAUUUUUAGGAAAUACAUUUUGGGUGUUAACCACAACAGCAUUGAUAUUGGUAAUGCCUUUAGCUUUAGAAAUUGAAAAAGAAAGUGCUAUUAUUCAAAUGGAAAAUGAACAAAAAGCUAUGAUGGGAGGACAAACGGGUAAUCCUUAUGGUCAGCCAGGUGAUUCUCCGGGACAACCUUCCCAACCUCAACAACAACCUCGAUUGAUUCCCCCUGGUUUCUAA